UCAAAUCAAAUCUCCUCUAGAUAUUGAGCAGAAUAAAACUAAAUUUUAUACACAACUAUUUUUCAACACUUUCCUACUUUUAUACACAUUCUCGCACGAUGAUGGAUGAUGACGAUGAAGCCUUUCUGCCACCGCCAAACCUCAACAUCAUCUCCAUACCCAAUGAGCCCGAGCUGUUGGUAGAGUAUGAUCUCUAUAAGACCUCGACGGCCACCUAUCGCCUGCACAGCGAGCGCAAUCGGGAAGUCUUUGCCGAGGCACUCAUCGAUAACAAGCGCCUGGGCACCUUGUCAGACCUUAGCAUACGGGCAUUGGCUAAGUUGGGCACUCGUCAUAUUGCGCCAAUUGUGCGUCAAGAUCCGAUGAAGUUACGUAUCCACUACGACUCUCUGGAUGUGAAUCUGCCGCUGAAGGACUGUUACUUUGUGGAUGACUUGAGGUAUUGGCGUCGCGUCGUCUUGGCCAAGAGUACGGAUAAAUCGCUGGUGUUCAAGAAGAUCGACGACUACGAUUGGCGUGGCAUGGGCAUCAGCUUAAAGUAUGUGGAACUCGUCGAGGCUUGUCCAGCUGAAUAUUGGCCAGAGAAGCAAAUGGCUGAUUUGGCUGCCUUGGUGCGUCAACAUGUCCGUGGUCUGCACAUUAGACACUUGCAGUCGCUGCCCGAACACUUCUUUCGACACUAUGUAUUAAGCGAACCGGAGCUAGACGUCUCUUCGGCGGAGUCGGCGGAUCCCGAAGUGUCCAGCGAUGAGAUUGAUACACCUGUGGAAGAGGAGGCAGUUGAGGAGGAGCAGGAACCGGAAAUAGUGAUACCUCUAGGAAAGGGCAAAUUGAAAGCAGUUGAAUCACACCAUUUUACGGAGCAAAUCGUAGUGAAGGAAUACGAAGGGUCAGUCAGUCGAUCGGAUGAGAAUUCGUCAGUCCAACGCUCCUCAGAUGUGGGAGACGAAAAACGACGAGCAGCGCGACACGCUCGCAAUGCGGCACGGCAGCAGCUGCGGGACAUGAAUCGCGAGAAAAAGGAAGAGCUCGAACGACGCCGUAAGAAGCGUGAAAUGCUUAGGGCUAAACCUCCACCAGAGCCCAAGCCAAAGAAGAAGAAAAAGAAGGCAACAGAGGUCAAGAAAUUUAUCACUAGCGCCUUCGACAUCGAAGUCGAACCAGAGCCCGAUGAUGGCGAAGACAAGAUCGUGGAUAAUCGCAACAUAGCCAAGGUGAUCAGUCGCAUCAAACGCUACGAUUAUCCCUCGAAACACUGUCAUCACAUUGACCUUAGUUUUGUGCGCUACUUCGACCAACUCAACUCGCUGACCAUUGAGUUCCUAGGCCCCCAAAUGGAGCGAGGCUAUCACAAGCGGCACCUCAACUUCUCCUACCGUGACAUUGUUCACCUGGCUAAGGGAGUUCGCACUCUGCAGCAACUGAAGGUCUUUCGGUUGCGCAACAGUCGCAUGGAUCACAUGAAACUGCUGAUCAUAGCGGAGGCUUUAAAAAAGCUCGAUUCGCUGGAGAUUGUGGAUUUCGGCUACGAUCAGCUGGAGGAUGACUGUGAUGUGGCGCUGGAAAUGCUGUUGGACCGCAAGACUAUGCUAAAGGAACUCGAGUUGGGCUACAAUAAACUGGAGGAAAAUGCGCUCAAGGCAAUAGGUUAUGCACUCAAAUGUUACACUAACAACCAUGACUCCGAUGCUCCAUCCUUGGAGUAUCUGGGCCUCGCCCACAAUCCCUUGGGUCACUCUAGUAUUGCGCCCUUAGUCCAUGAUAUACUUGGGACCGAUCAUGUGGUUAGGCUGAACAUCAAUGGCAUCUUUACGGAUCCAUUUGCCUUGGCAUAUAAUCUGAAUUUGCUGUUGCGCAGGCACAAGCCAUUGCUUCACUUAGAUAUGGCGUCCAUUAAACUAAGUUCAACACAGGGUAAGAUCAUCUUACCGGCUCUGGAGUUUAAUCGGAAGAUUCUCCACUUCGAUUGUCGAGGCUGUGAUUUCAGUGUGGAUGAAGAAUUCGAGGCCGAUGUGAUAGUGCGUCGCAAUAACUAUAUUGCCAAGUAUCCAUAUAUGGACGAUGCUACUGACACUCAGUUUGAUGUACGCCGAUAUCUGGGGGGUCUUAAGCAUCCCAUCGUUGCCAAAAUCGAGCAGGAGAAUGCACAACGUGCGGAGUGCAUCAGAAAUCGACCACAGAAGUCGACUCCCAGUGAGCAGAGUGUCGUUGAGGAGCAACUGCCGGAGGUUCAGCAGGAACAGGAGCUGGACAUUUGGCAAACAUUUGAUAUGCAGCAGCCAGAGACUACCAAAUAUUCUCGAACUGACAACAGUUUAUCUUCCGCUGGAAGUUCGCAGUCCACGUUUGUCUACAAGCCAAACUCAUUCAAUCUGGACGAAUUCCGCGCCCAUUUACGUAUGCCGGGACCCGGAAAUCGCCACUACUACUUCCAGAGUCAGCUGGAAUCAUAAUUGCGACGGGAAGAGCAACAAAGUUUAUGCAUUCAUAAUUAGGUACAUUAUCUCUAAUGUUGCGGAUAUUUAUGUAAUGCCUUCAAGGAGUUGCAAAUCCCCAUCAAUUAAAACUUGAGUCAAGCACUUGUGCUGAACAGCUCCAUGACGAAGCACUUUCCAUAUGCACCUGUUUGUCACAGUCGCCACUGCACAGUGCAAUGACCCAAGAAAAUCAAAAAUAUUAUUUGUAUGCGCUGUACUUUUUAUGUGAUGCAUACGCUAUGCUAAGCUUCAAUGACCUAUACAUAUUACAACAUAUAAAAACUA